AGGCGAAACAACAUUCCGGUGCAAAAUGGCUCUCAACUGUGGACAUUCGACGAUAAAGUAUCUGCUUUUCAUCUUUAACCUGCUGUGCUCGCUGUGCGGUAUUGCGCUGAUCGUGAUCGGUGCCGUUUCGUUGGUAAAACUAGAGGAACUGCGCGAGAUCAGCGAUGAGUACAACAUCGUCGCACCGUCCAUCCUGCUGAUCGUCUUCGGCUCGAUCGUGUUUGUGAUCUCGUUCUUCGGAUGCUGUGGUGCUAUCCGCGAAUCGUACUGCAUGACCUCGACCUAUAGCUUCUUCCUGAUCCUGCUCGUGAUCGCCCAGAUCGUGAUCGCUGUGUUGGUGUUUGUGUUCGUCGGUGAUGUGACCACUGCCAUCAAGAAGGGCUUCGAGCGUGUAUUCCAAAACCGCGACAACCCGGUUAACGCCGAUCUGAUCAACUCGAUCCAGCAGAAUUUGGAAUGUUGCGGCAAGUCAAGCUUCUUGGACUACGGUAUUUCGUCGUUCCCGCAGUCGUGUUGCAGCACCGGUGGAACUGCUCCGCUGUGCGUUCCAUUUGCCACUGGCUGUUUGAGCCGACUGUCCGAGUUCCUGGACAGUGCCGGUAACAUUGUCGCCUGGGUGUCGCUCGGUGUGGCCGCCAUCGAGCUGGUCGGUCUCAUCUCGGCCUGCUGCCUGGCCAACGCCAUCCGCAACCAGCAGAGAAGGUCUGGAUAUUAG